AUGGAUGAAGAUGAAGAUAUGAAUGAAGAGAGUGAAGAUGUUGAAAACGAGGAAGAAGAAGAUGAAGAAUCAAAUCAAACAUCAACAACAUCGACGACUACGACAUCAACUACAUCAACGACAAAUACAGGAGGAGGAGCACCUGGACUUACAGAAACACAAAUAAGAGAGAAAACAGAAGUGAUACACGAAAUAGAAUCAUUACUAGAAGAGAAAAAGAAUAUAGAGAACAAGAUAUCAUCACUCGAGAAACAAAUAUAUGCAUUGGAAGGAAGAUAUCUAGAGGAAACACAUCAUAUUGGCAAUGUCAUUAGAGGUUGGGAUGGAUAUGUUUCUGGAUCGGGUGCCCUCAAAAAAUUAAGAUGGAGAGAGGCCGAUAGAAUAUUUUCACAGUCAUCUUCCACCUAUCAAGAUUCCAUAAAUGAUAAAAAUCUAUCUGAUAAUUAUAAAGAUAUUGGAGAUGAAGCAGCAGUAAUAAAAAGAAAAACUCGGUCAUCUACUCACGAUAAAUUAAAGAAAAGAGGAUAA